AUGGUUACAGGCGAAGGGAGCAGUGCGACGAUCAGCUGUACACAUAUCCCAGAACCCAAGAGAAGUUAUAGCGACCGAAAUCGUGAACUUGACGACGCGUACUACGACCACAUCUCUCAAGAAAACCAACUUCUCUCGCCUCUUCUAAGUCUACCCGCGGAGAUGCGCGAAAUUAUCUACGACUAUUCUAUCGACAACGAAGUUAUGAUCUAUCCCACAGGAAUUAUUGGGCAAAAAGGCAAGAUAUCUGCCCUCUUAUGGGUCUGUCGACAAACCCGAGCGGAGACAGCGAAACAGUUCUUCAGCAAAACCAAAUUCGAGACGGAGACCCUAGACAAGCUUGCCGCGUUUGCACAGUGUCUAGAGAAGAAUCAUCGCAAGGAAUUACGCACAAUAUCGCUAUUGCCGAGGGCUGGGUGGGACUUGGUCGAUUUUAUCGACAAUACAACUCUGCGCAUUACCAGCGCCAUGACCAACAACGAUACCAUCACCACGCUCAACCAGGCGAACUCGCCUUUCCUCCGACUGCCACCCGAGAUCCGCAACCGCGUUUAUCGAUUCGCACUCAAGGAAGACGAGAUCUCGAUAUAUCGGCAAAUCCACCAGGAGACCUCGAUGCUCUACUUCUCGCUCAACGAAUUCAGUCUGUAUAGCGGUUGGUCUGUGGACUACCGCAGGUUUGCACCGCAGCUCGGAGCCAUCAAGACACUAUGCAUGAAGGUUCCAGCAGACAACUUAUGUCGCUACCGGAAUGUCGCAUUUCACUACCAGAAUGACACAGUUCACUAUCAGAAUGCCUUUAGGGUUAUUGUGUCUUUGUUCACGGCACUCGAGACCAUUCAUGUCGUCGGACUACCGGUUAUAGACGUGAAGGUGGAUGCGAUCUCUACCGCUUUCUCCUCGAUCUUGGAAACCAACCAACUCGCCUCUCCUCUCCUGCGCCUUCCCUCAGAACUCCGAGACCGCAUCUACGAGCUCGUCCUUGCACCCACCCACCCACAAAACACCGCUCUCGAAGUCUACACCAGGAACCCCAUCGGCUCGCGUCUCGCCCGAGCAUACCUAGCCCCGCUUUCAACAUGCUGUCAAAUGCGUGCUGAAGGUUUCGUCACGUUCUACAGCCUAAAUACUUUUGAGUUCUACUCCACAACGCGUGUCAUAUCGUUUGCGGCUACUAUAGGCGAAGCGGCUUGUAACGUCGUCAAGUCUGUGCGACUGUUUGUCAUGGUGAUUCGGAGGGAGAAGGCGAUACAGGAAGCUUUGGAUAAGUGUCUGUCUCUGUUUCCAGGGUUGGAGAAUGUGUCGAUGCGGCUUGUGAACUAUAUGGGGAUGCACCGGCGGACGAGGUUUAAGGUUGAGCAUGCUGCGAAGCCAGGGCUUAAUGUGGUUUUUGAGUAG